AGCCGGCAGUCGUUCUAGUAAGUUCGGGUGAGGUUCGGGAAGGAUCGUGCUUCUUCGUGAACGAAUUGCCACCGUUAUAUAAAACUACUUCGCGGCGGGAGCGAUCAGUAGAUUUGAAUAAGCGCGACGGUGAAAACAACUAUAAGCGAAUUAUACAUUCGGUGUGCUGAUUCGAGCUUUGUUAUUUGUUGAACAGUUUAGUGUGUUAUUAGUGCAAAAUGCCGAAAGCUCCAGCAGUUGGUAUUGACUUGGGCACCACAUACUCAUGUGUCGGUGUCUGGCAACACGGGAAGGUGGAAAUCAUCGCUAACGACCAAGGGAAUAGAACAACACCAAGUUAUGUUGCCUUCACCGAUACAGAACGUCUCAUUGGCGAUGCCGCCAAGAACCAGGUAGCUAUGAACCCUAGCAACACAGUCUUCGACGCGAAGCGACUCAUUGGCCGAAAAUUCGACGAUCCCAAGAUCCAGCAGGAUUUCAAACACUGGCCAUUCAAAGUUGUCAGCGAUGGCGGCAAGCCCAAGAUCCAAGUGGAGUUCAAAGGCGAAACCAAGACCUUCGCUCCAGAAGAAAUCAGUUCAAUGGUGCUAACAAAAAUGAAAGAAAUUGCAGAAGCCUAUCUGGGCGGCACAGUGAAGGAUGCGGUUAUCACAGUCCCAGCAUACUUCAACGAUUCACAAAGACAAGCAACCAAAGAUGCCGGUGCCAUUGCAGGAUUGAAUGUGCUCAGGAUCAUCAAUGAACCCACAGCAGCUGCACUUGCUUAUGGUCUCGACAAGAACCUGAAAGGUGAGAAGAAUGUGCUCAUCUUCGACUUGGGUGGUGGUACUUUUGAUGUAUCCAUCCUGACCAUCGAUGAAGGCUCGCUGUUCGAGGUGAAGGCUACUGCAGGUGAUACUCAUCUGGGUGGUGAAGAUUUUGACAACAGGUUAGUCAACCACUUUGCGGAGGAAUUCAAGAGAAAAUACAAGAAAGACUUCCGAUCCAACCCAAGGGCGAUCCGUAGAUUGAGGACUGCGGCUGAAAGAGCAAAACGCACUUUGUCAUCCAGCACGGAGGCUACUAUUGAGAUUGACGCUCUGUAUGAAGGCAUCGACUUCUACACCAAGAUCAGCAGAGCUCGUUUCGAAGAACUGUGCUCCGAUUUGUUCCGUUCGACCCUGGAACCUGUGGAGAAGGCUCUGAACGAUGCUAAGUUGGACAAAGGACAGAUCCACGACGUCGUAUUGGUAGGAGGUUCGACUCGUAUCCCGAAGAUCCAGCAACUUCUCCAGAACUUCUUCAACGGGAAACAGCUCAAUCUGUCCAUCAACCCAGAUGAAGCCGUUGCCUAUGGUGCUGCUGUACAAGCAGCUGUCCUCACUGGUUCUACGGACUCCAAGAUUCAGGAUGUUCUACUGGUGGACGUCGCUCCUCUGUCGUUGGGUAUCGAAACCGCUGGUGGUGUCAUGACCAAGAUCAUCGAACGCAACUCGAGGAUUCCUUGCAAGCAGACGCAAACCUUUACCACCUAUUCCGACAACCAGCCUGCAGUUACCAUCCAAGUCUAUGAAGGUGAAAGAGCCAUGACCAAAGACAACAACCUUCUGGGUACUUUCGAUCUCACUGGUAUACCGCCAGCACCUCGAGGAGUGCCAAAGAUUGAAGUUACCUUCGACAUGGACGCCAAUGGUAUUCUGAACGUCUCAGCCAAAGAUAACAGCUCAGGAAAUGUCCGAAACAUCACUAUCAAGAACGACAAAGGAAGAUUGUCUCAGAAAGAUAUUGACAGAAUGUUGGCCGAAGCUGAGAGAUACAAAGAAGAAGACGAGAAACAGCGCCAGAGGGUAGCUGCCAGGAAUCAACUCGAAGCCUAUAUCUUCCAAGUCAAACAGGCUGCUCAGGAAUGUGGAGACAAACUGUCUUCAGAGGAAAAAUCCACAAUUGAGAGGGAAUGUGAGAGUGCCUUGAAAUGGCUGGACAGCAACUCUUUGGCCGAGAAGGAUGAGUUUGAAGACAAACAGAAGGAACUUACGAGAAUCUGCAGCCCGAUCAUGGCAAAGAUUCAUGGUGGAGGUGCAGCUGGCGGUUUUCCAGGAGCAGGUGCUGGAGGAGCAGGACCCAGAGGAGAACAAAAUGGAGGACCAACAAUCGAAGAAGUUGAUUAAACGCGCAUUCCAUGCUGAAUGUGUCAUAUAUGUAUUUGUUCGUGUGCUUUGAUAAUGUUAUUUUGAAUAGACUGAAUCAUAGUUUAAAUUUGUAUAAAUGUUAUAAAUAUUAUAAUUACUAUUGGUUCAAUGCUGAGAAAUAUAUUGUAGAGCUCAUCUUGUUGAAUAUAUUUUUUUAUUCGUUUGUAAAUAUGUGCUUAAUAGUUAAUAAAAGGU